UGAAAAAAUAUAUAUAUAAUUAGACUUGAAAAGAUAUAGUGCAACUUUUUCGCAAUGGGUAAAGAUAUUUAAACACGAGACUCACACUUUGAUGUUUCAAAUAGUUCACGGGGGUGGACAGGGGAAAGGUCUGUUUUGGAAAAGCACAACCCAGCAUAAGCCUAUAGCUUUAUCUUUGGCUCCACUAUCAAGGGCAGAUUCCUAGCUUGCACUUCCCGUUGCCUUCGUGCGGAUAAGUCCAACUUUCCUGAGGAUCAGUGGCUUACUUUUCUUGUGAAAUUUCUUUUUCUUCAAUCCAAUGACGCAUCCCCUCAUCCUUGUUGAUGAACUAUCAUGUCUCACACAACCUUGCCAAUACAUUUUAUGUUGUCCCACGUUCAAUUAUUUGAGAGCUUUCCACUUCCAAUACAAAACGGUGGUAGACCAAUAGAAAAUGGCCCAUGCAGCUCUUGAACCUGCGACCUUCAUUCUAUUAGCACAAAUACUAAGAACCCACUGAGAAAAAUAGGCACUCUGUGGGUUACGAUAAGAGGUGUUGAAGGUUUGAACACUUAACAAAAAGUGGAUGUAUUGAAACCAUGAAGAGCCAUGAGCCCCGUUCAACUUCUUCUUGUGCAGCCUGCAAGUUGCUGAAAAGAAGAUGCACUCCCAAUUGUAUAUUUGCACCGUAUUUUUCCUCCGACGAGCCGACCAAAUUCGCCAAAGUCCACAAGGUGUUUGGAGCAAGCAAUGUAAGCAAAAUCCUGGCCGAAGUGCCAGAGGAGCAACGUGAAGACACGGUGAAUUCGCUCGCGUUCGAGGCAGAGGCGAGGCUUAGGGACCCUGUUUAUGGCUGCAUUGGUGCCAUAGCUUUGUUGCAGAGAAAGAUGGUUGAGCUCCAACAUGACCUGACCAUUGCUAGAGCUCGUCUUGCCCUCUACGCUGCUACUACAUCAUCAUCAUCAUCUUCUUCUUCUUCUUCUUCUAUUAUAUUGGAUGAUCACGUUAGCAUGGCUCCCUUCCCUAAUGUCCCUGCUUGCGAUGGAGUACUGACUUACAGUUUCGGCCAGAAUUCAUCUGAUUUGAGCAGAUAUGGACCGGUGAAUGAUUUUGGCCACGGCCCAUACAUAAUAUGACUAUGAUCUCUCUUUCUUCAUACAGCAGCUACUGCAAAACAUUGCCUGGUUUCUUUAAUAUGAAUUGUUAUCAGUAUUAUCUUUACUUUUUCCACUAUAUUAUCAGUGUAAUUUUUUUUCCAAUUAGGCAAUCUGAAUCACCAUCUGAUUCUCUGACCAGAGUGUAAUGGAAGGCAGAGCAGAUUGUCGCUUGCUAUAACAAACAUAUCCCAAUAACAGGCAAGAAUAUUUUAGCCUUGGACGGUGGCACACCAAAAAGUAAAAGAGUUUGUGAGAGUCAAUGCCCACUGUUUCCAUGCACAUAAUGGAUUAUGAUUUCACUAACCCCACAACUUGCCGUCAACAAUGCGAAUCCAAAGUUUCUCUGUAGUGUUUCGGCUAUUAAUCAACUUCAUUGCCAUCAGGUAGGGUGAGAAUCCAAUCCUCUCAUUCAAAUUCCAGAGAGAGAGAAAGUAAUGCAUUAGGGAUAAAUUGCAUAAGAGUAAUGCCAGAAACCACACUUUUUUUUCCCACUACUACCCCAUCUUGCUGAAAAGUCUUCAUGCAACAUACUUUCUCUGAAGUCUUCAUCCUUGGUGGGACUAAAAAGCUCAAAGCCCUGCAAAAGAUUCUCUGAAUUAGUUGGUAAAACUUUCAAACAGGAAAUUGAUACGCAACAUAGAGAUUGAUGCAAUAGACCAUAUCAAGUGUCGACCAGUUGAUAGUUUCUUCACCAAAUUACAGCGUUGUUACUCUUCAUUGAGUAAUGUUAUCGACAUGACAUAUUUUAAGUGACUUUCAAUUUGUUUUGUUUUAAGUAACAAACAUGAAAAGACAUUUAAAACAUUAUAUGAAAUAAAUGCGAUAUACCUGAUCAUAAUAACCGUUGAGACUCAUUUUGAUUUUGAUUUUUGAUUUUUUUUUCUUCACUAAUAUAUCUAUAUGUCUCAAGUGCCUAGAACUCCAAGGAAA